GUGUGCGUCUGCAGCUCUUUGUGCAGCAGCGCACCGCGCCCUGAACGCCUCACUGCAGAUCCCUCCGCCAGGUGAGCCGGAUCGCGCUGCGCAGGUGAAGCUUUGUGAGUAUCGGAAUUAAAGAAAGGAAAGAGUCAUGGAGCCUCGACACUAAAAACCAGAACCAGAAACAGAAGAGACCAGAACCAGAACCCCGUUUCACUGAAUCCACCUCCCGCUGCGUUCAGGGACUGCGUUUGAACUCGACGACCGGAUUUACCUGAUCUGCGACCCGAACACCAGGUUGACGCCCCCCCUCUCUGAUGGCCCCCCGAUCCCCCCCCCCUCGCAGUGGGCGCAUCUGACUCCUCCCCCUCAUCUGACUCCUCCCCUUCCCCUGACCCCUCCUCUGACUCCUCCCCUCCCCUGCUCUACUUCCUGCCCCCCUCCCUCGCAGUAACCAUGGAUACGGAUACGGACGACACGCCCGGCUGUUACUACAACCAAAGCGUGAGGUUCUUCUACGAGGCGAGCGGGAAGAACAUCAGCACCCACUGGCGUGACCGUGACUACGUGAUCGUGACGCUCGGCAUGAUGGUGUGUUUCAUCGUCAUCUUCUCCAACCUGCUGGUGAUGGCGGCCAUCUUUAAGAACCGCCGCUUCCACUUCCCCAUCUACUACCUGCUGGGGAACCUGGCCGUGGCCGACCUGUUCUCAGGUGUGUCGUACCUGCACAUGAUGUUCCACACCGGCCCGUGGACCAUCAGGCUCACUAAGUACCGCUGGUUCCUCCGGCAGAGCCUCAUCGACACCAGCCUCACCGCCUCCGUGCUCAACCUGCUGGCCGUGGCCGUGGAGCGCCACCAGACCAUCUUCAACAUGCAGCUGCACAGCAAGAUGAGCACCAGGCGCGUCUUCGUCAUCAUCGUCUUCAUCUGGCUGCUGGCCAUCGUCAUGGGGCUGGUGCCCACGAUGGGAUGGCACUGCCUGUGUGACCUGACCAACUGCUCCACCAUGGCGCCCAUGUACAGCCGCAGCUACCUGGUGUUCUGGGCCGUGCUGAACCUCUUCACCUUCUCCGUCAUGCUGGCCGUCUACACACGCAUCUUCGUCUACGUGAGGCACAAGAGCCAGCAGAUGAGCCAGCACACGAGCCAGAUGAGGCACCGAGAGACCGUGUUCAACCUCAUGAAGACCGUCUCCAUGAUCCUGGGGUGCUUUGUGAUGUGCUGGACUCCGGCCCUGGUGGUUCUGCUUCUGGACGGCCUGGGCUGCGACAGAUGUAAAGUUCUGCGCUACGAGAAGUACUGCCUGGUUCUGGCCGAGUGCAACGCCUUCGUCAACCCCAUCAUCUACUCCUUCAGGGACAAGGACAUGAGGAGGACCUUCAAGGAGAUCCUGUGCUUCCUGUGCCGCAGAGGAGACGGAGACAAGAUCCCCUCCUCGGGGGUGCACUUUAACACGCUGGAGCACGAGAACUAUAAGUCUCGUGCUGCAGACCCCCAACUGAGCAGCACCAAUGGGACGCCUCUGAUCCAUCGACAGGAAGCCCCGCCCCCUUCAGAGACCUGAGGAGGAAGAAGAGGAGGAGGAGGAAGAGGAGGAGGAAGAAGAGGAAGACGGAAGCAUUUUGAAUCAGUUGUUAGAGUCCCGUUUCCUGUCUCUAAAAGGGGUUUUAUUCCACAUUAAAGUGAACAUCUUUGAACUCUGAGACCCUUCGAUUGGUCCAGAGGUCAGUCUGAGGGAGAGCCUGUGAUUGGUCCAGAGGUCAGUCUGAGGAUGAAGGAGAGCCUGUGAUUGGUCCAGAGGACAGUCUGUGGACUCAGAGACCCUGUGAUUGGUCCAGAGGUCCAGUGGAGGGCCUCCUCUGUUUACCUGCAGAACAAACAGGGACAUGUUUCUAUAUUUUCAGGAAUGAAAGGCGUCCUGUGGGUUGCCAGGUUGGGAGGAUGUGUCCUGUGGGUUGCCAGGUUGGGAGGAUGUGCAAACUGCUCUGUUUUCUUUGCAGAGCUGCAUCCAGUCGUUCCUUAUUGUUUAAAGCUUUUGUCCAGCCUCUACCUUUUUGUAUGAACAUGUUUUUAUUUUAAAUUGCCACCACUUUAGUGCAUCUGUCUCAUCGUCCUGUUUAUAGAUCCUUUUCCUGCAUUUCUUAGAUUGUAGUUGAACUUUCUGAUGUAAAGACAUGUUACAGAUUGAUAAGGAUUCAAGUGUUUCUUCCCAACAUCAAUAACAUGUGUUUAAAUGUGUGUUUGAUUCACACACAAAUGAGCAUUUGUUUAAACCUGUGACUAAAACAAAACUCUGAAACACCAAAUCAAACCUGGCAACCCGUUCUCAUUACCAGCUGAUCUGAAAAGCCUUAAUUAUCAUCCUGUUCAAAGUGUAAUAAUCUGCUUCAUGAGACCAUUUUAAAUAAUGUGUUUAUAAUUAGUUUUUACCUUUUAUUUUUAUAAUCAUUUUUACAAAAAUGCUCUGAAAUUUCCUCCAAAAUGUUUCCUGUAAAUUCUAUGUUUGCACAUUUCUUUUGGCAGUCGCUGGAAAGUUGGAAAUGAAGCUUUUAUUUGUUAUGUUCUUGCGGCUGUUUGCAUCUUUAUGAAGAAUACUUUUGUAAAUUGUGAUAAAGGAUAUUUAUAAUGUACAGUAUAUGGUGCGACUCAAAGAUAAGGGAAUUCAAACGUUCUCUUUUCCAGAACUGCUUUUCUCACUUUAAAGGGAAAUAAUGCAGCAGCUUUAUUUUAAUACUGAAAAUUAAAGAUGUUUUUUGACUCGUG